ACAGAUAUACCAAGAAGCAAGCCGCGCUAAUUCAUUUUUUAUAUUCGAAGCCAUUUUAAUCGAUCAUUUGCUGUCUUCGGAAACAAAAUGUUGGGCCGUUGAACUGGGACAUCAUCAUCGACUUUUUUCCUUCCAGUUGACUCUUGGCCUCGAAAAUUAGACGAAUGAUGGCGUACAGGGAGAACAGACCCGACAGACGCUCUAUAUCUUCGCUCUUGAACCCUGUUGUUUUGAAUAGCGAUGUGCCUCCACCGAAUUUCUCUUCCAACGACAAUAUGCCUCGUAGCCACCAUUAUGCACAACUGGUGAAAACUUCUCGUACUGAAUUUGACCGACAUUCUUCCAACCCAGACCUCGUGGGGAGUGGUUUACACCUACCGCCACGCUCAAAAAUGGAAUGGCCUAGAAAUUUACACAACAAUCAUCGCAGGACCUCCAAUCGAAACGAUAUCCCAAACAUUACUUCCAAAAUGCCCCGAACACGACAUUCUCCUGUUGGCUCUGCUAGCGGGCAAUUUUAUGGCGAGGGUUAUCCGAACGGUGUUACCAGCUCUACAGCAUAUGUCUCUGAUAUCAGUGGUUUACCAUUUCGGAACGAGCAACUCACCGGUUUGGUACAGUCAAACCCCAUGCCGCAAGCACCUGUACACUCUUCCUCGAACCUGGAAAAAAAUCCUGUGGCCCAAAAUCCUGGCGGUACCUUCCAUACUUUCUCUGUCGCAUUGAGGAAGGAGUAUUCGUCAAUUCGCACCUCGCCGCUGGUUAUCAGGCCCAGGACGGCUGAAAUUUCACCACAGCCGAGAAUAUGCUCCGCUUGUGGCAUUACUCACACUGUUCUGUGGCGAAAGUCGAAGGUGCAUCCUGGGAACUAUCUCUGCAAUCGAUGUGGCCUCUGGGAGCGCAAUAAUCGCGUGGAGCGAACCACAUUAGCUGAAGGUCAUACCUCAAUGGUGAAAGAGUUUAUCGUACAAUCGCCGUAUUCAAGCGAAGGGGAUAUCUUAGAGUGACACCUCACGCAGCAGGAGAGAACGCGGUGCCACUUUCUGUCUUGCAAAUGUUCCAGAGCGCGUUCGUAGAUUCACUUGGAGAAGAAGGCUUGAAGUUGAGCGUUAUAUUUUACGUCGGGAACUGUCCAUAGAUGUGUACCGUGUAUCUAGCUGGAUGCGGCUUUGUAAAAUGUUACUUGCUGUAUAGUUGCACUUACACACCUUGUUACCUGAUGACAGCAUAGAGCAAAUGCCGAAGCUUCGACGGUAAUUUGGAACUGCAUCCGGGCGCAUUGGUAUAGCAGUGGCUGUGCUACA